UUCAAAAGACUUCUCUAGCCGAACUGAGGACACUCAGAACCCGCUGAUCCCAUCAGUCAGCACUCGUCGCCAUGGCGAUACGGAAAUUGACGACCUCCCAACAGGUCAGGCUGACGCAAUACCUGGAUGACGAGCUAUUGACCGUCGAGAGGGACGUCAACAAACGAACAGAUCCGGACUCUCCGAUUCCAUCUCUGGUCAUCCUGAUCGAUCGCUUGACACCAAUCAUGAAUCUGAUCAUGUCCAUCCCGCCUUACGAACCGACGGGGUAUAUCCGGAUCCAAUACCUGCUCAGGUUCACUUCGGGUUUACGAGAAUGGCUAUCGGGGUAUAGCGUGACGGGACAAGGCGUACUGGAGAGCAAGUCGGGAGCUCAAAAGAAGGUCGUGAGGGGCAGCUCUAAAGCGACGGUGGCGGCUUCUCGGAAUAGCUUGACGAAGCUGUUGGGCUUUAUCGAACGGCUGGACCUUGCCUGGCAGGCGGUAUUGAGCGGACAAAGCUUGAACGGAAACACAACGACCCUGGAUGAAAAGCCGGAGGUGAAGGAAGAGGAUGUCGCUGUUCAAGAGGCUAGUGCAAGUGGCUCGUCCAAGAAAUUAGUGUCGGUCACAGACAAGUAAGUCCAGGUUGCUGUUGGCGACGGGCAAGCCUGAACGAUGACCUACUUGUACGGAUUCUCGACCCUCCAGGAUUCGUCUACGUUCCUCUAUCCUAUCGCUUCGCGAGCGAAUUCUAUCGUGGGCGGAAAAGCAGUCCGGAUUGCUCUCCGAGACGUUUGAUCCGCCGGUCGAGGAAAGUGAGACGGACUUGUCAGCGCUCGAGGAUGAAGUCGAUCAGAAGAGCGGCUCCGAACAGGAUGAUGGAGGCAACGCAGACUUUCGAUGGAGGGCCACGAUUGUGAAUAGUAUGAGGGGCACAUUGGAGAUGCUCGAUCUGUAGAAACGAUCCGAUAUGUAGCAUAAGAUCAUAUACCCAAAACUGAU